UAAAUUCGCCGACAACUGCCGGCGCGGGAGAUUCAAUUUCUUGUUUCCUGACUACUUUACCAUUUUGUAGAUAGCAGCGGUUGUAAUUACCUGUUUUUUGUGUCUUUUAUUGUUUUAUUACUAAGUUAUUGUGUAUUUUAAAUGAACAUGGACUGCGUAGAUUUUCCAAGAGUCCUACCGAACUCACCGAGGAAAGCCCGGGGACAAAUUCAGGUCAUCUUUGGACCGAUGUUUUCAGGCAAAAGCACUGAACUGAUGAGAAGAGUGCGCCGUUUCCAGAUAGCCCAGUACAACUGCCUGGUGAUCAAAUAUGCCAAAGAUACACGGUACUCCGACGCGGGCAUGGCCACUCAUGACAAAAGCACAAUGGAAGCUGUACCAGCAAAUUGUCUGAGGGAUGUGCGGCCUCUGGCACUGCGAGCUUGUGUGAUUGGAAUCGAUGAAGGACAAUUUUUCCCAGAUGCUGUGGAGUUUUGUGAGGAGAUGGCUAAUUUGGGGAAGACAAUCAUUGUAGCUGCCUUAGAUGGAACCUUCCAGAGAAAGCCGUUUGGAAACAUCCUGAACCUUGUUCCUCUGGCGGAGAGUGUAGUGAAGCUCCACGCUGUCUGCAUGCAGUGUUUCAAAGAAGCUGCCUACACCAAGAGGAUAGGAGCUGAAAAGGAGGUGGAAGUGAUUGGUGGAGCAGACAAAUAUCAGGCGGUGUGCAGAAAGUGUUACGGAGGUCUGAUGGUUGGCAAAGAAAACAGUUCUCCCUUCAGGAACGAAACUCCACAAAAUGCCCUCAUAGGAAAACUCGUGGACAGCGGUGUUCCCAGGAAGCUCUUCUCCUCUCUACAUCUCUGAAGACGAAACAAAGACUUGGUGCAAAAGCUGAGAAAUUUAAUCAAGUGUGUGUGUGUGUGUGUGUGUUUGGGAAUGGAAGCAGAUUGCAGAGUAAAUGGGUUUUUAUCUGAAAUAACAACUGAAUCUUUAAUUAUUAGUAUGUCUGCUAAAGAAUUUAAUCAAAUCAGAUUAUUUGGUUUGUAUUUGGUGUCUAUUUGAUAUAUAUAUAUAUUAUUUACUUGAAGCACUUAAUAACCUUGAAUCUAAGUAAACAACCUGCUGUCAUAGAAUCCAGUGUUGUGGUGAUAUCUGUAACAUUUGUUUAGGUUGCUUUUGACAUCUUUAACUGUAGCAUUAGUAAAUGUAAGGUGUUUAACAAAUGUAUUGACAUUCACAAGGCCAUACUGAAUGGAAACACAGACUCAAAGUUUUACUAUGUAUUGUCAGUAAAAUGUGUGGUUAAACUCGU